AUGUGAAGAAGAAGAAGUAUAACUUAUAUUAUGUUUUCUUCAAUUUAGAUUUUGUUAGAGAAAAUCUGGUUUUUGUUUAUUUUCGUGGGUGUAUUUUGGAAUCAAGUGCCUUUGGGGUGUUAAGGGGGGUGUGCUGUGAUAAAGGAAAACACGUACAUUGUGCAGAGACAGGGAAAAAACUGAGGAAAAAAGGGCAACUGAAGUAUGACUGUGGAUUGAGAAAAAGAGGGUGGGUGCCACAUUUCAUUUUGCCCAUUAAUUUGCAAUUAAUUGCAAUUUCCACUCAACUUGAGGCUACUCUCGUGAGUGCUGCGUGAUCUCAAAUACUCCAUGCACGUGAAUUUUGCAGCGUGAUUGCAUAAUUCGUGUGUGGAGGGUCGUGAGAAGGCAGGUAAAAAUGUUGGGGUGGAAUAUGGUGGAUAUCCUUAAGAUGCGUCCCUUCCGUCGAAAGAAGUCCAAAAAGCAACUUCCCGUCAAGGUGAUCACAUUUGAUUCUGAGCUGGAAUUCCACUUGGAACAACGUGCCACCGGACAAUUUCUCUUUGAACUCGUGUGCCAAACAAUUGGUCUGCGUGAAACGUGGUACUUUGGGUUGCAAUAUGAGGAUUCCAAGGGGAAUCUCUCGUGGCUGAAGAUGGAUAAGAAGGUGCAAGAUCAGAGUGUUAAUUUAUCCAAUGAUAGUGGAUGCGUGUUUAUGUUCUAUGCCAAAUUCUUUCCGGAGAAUGUCAAUGAAGAACUCGUUCAGGAGAUCACGCAACAUUUAUUCUUCCUGCAAGUUAAGCAGGGUAUCCUCUCAAUGGACAUCUACUGCCCACCAGAAGCUUCCGUCCUACUUGCCUCAUAUGCUGUUCAGGCAAAAUAUGGGGACUACGAUGAGGACAACUGCAAGCCAGGCUUGCUAGCCAGUGAGAGCCUUCUGCCGCAGCGUGUAAUUGAUCAGUAUCAAAUGACCCCGCGAAUGUGGGAGGAUCGCAUUAAAAUUUGGUAUUCUGACCACAAAGGUAUGUCGAGGGAUGAAGCGGAGAUGGAAUACCUCAAAAUUGCUCAGGAUCUUGAUAUGUAUGGCGUUAAUUACUUCCCAAUUACUAAUAAGAAAAAUACAGAAUUGUGGCUUGGAGUCACAGCCAUGGGAUUGAAUAUCUACGAGAAGAACAAUAAACUCCAACCCCGGACAACGUUUCAGUGGUCAGAAAUACGGCACAUUGGCUUUGAUGACAAGAAAUUUACAAUUAAACCAGUAGACAAUAAAUCACCCAACUUUAUUUUCAUCUCCCAGAAACUUCGUAUUAACAAAUUAAUUCUGGAUUUGUGUGUGGGGAAUCAUGAUUUAUUUAUGCGACGUCGAAAGCCAGACACAAUGGAAAUUCAGCAGAUGAAGGCACAAGCAAAAGAGGAGAAGCAACGACGUGCUGUGGAGCGAAACAAGUUGUCCAGGGAGAAGCAACUUCGGGAGCAAGCAGAGCGUGAGAAGGCAAACCUGGAACAGAGACUGAUGCAACUUCAAGAUGAAAUGCAAAAUGCCAGUGAAGCUCUUAGACGCUCAGAGGAAGCAGCUGAGAUUUAUGCGGAGAAGAGUCGUGUGAAUCAGGAGCAAAUGAUCCUCACGGAACACAAGGCGCACACAUUUAAGCAGGAGAUGAAUCGCCUGCGUGAGACGGCACUUAAAACGGAGAAAGAAAAGGGGGAUCUUGAGAAAAGAAUUCGCGACACGGAGUUUUAUGUGGCAAAAUUGACGGAGGAGAAGGAAAAACGUUCAGCGGAGGCGGAUAAGCUGAAGAAGGAGCUGAUGUAUGCUCGUGCCGCUGAGCGGGAUGCCACGCAGAAACUUUUGACAUUCCUCAGUCGUUCAGUGAAUCAAAGUACAUCCUCCGUUGAGCCGUCCAUCAGUGGCAGCGAUGUGACUGAGUCACAAAUACUCGAUGUUGAUUUGUGCCACUAUGACGUCAUUGCCGGUGGCGAUAUGGAAGAGAUUGAUCGAGAGAUCGAAAAGGAGCGUGUUGAAUGCUUGGAGAAGUCAAAGCAGGUCCAACAUCAGCUACGUGAGCUUCGGUCUGAGAUUGAAUUGCUGAAAAUUCAGGAAAAUCAGUGUGUACUCGACAUAUUAAAUGCCGAACAAUUGCGACAGGGUGAGACAAAGUACUCAACGCUGAAAAAACUCAAAUCCGGCUCCACAAAAUCCCGCGUGGCAUUCUUCGAGGAGCUCUGAGAGAGGGAGUUAUGGGGACAGAGGAGAUUCAUCGAUGAGGCAAUCAUCUAAAAGAAGAAAAGCUCUCUCUAUGCAUCCAUGUGCCUUUUUUAUGUAAAUUGUUUUUUUUUUUUCUAUUUUCUAUUUUUUUUUGCAAACUUCGUAACGAAGCACCACCAAUUGCUCUAAAUUAUUUUUCCUCCCAAAAAUGAAUGAGAUUCCGGAAUGAUUCCUGCGCAUUUUUUAAAUAACCCACACAACAACAACAAAAAAACAUUAUAAAGUUUAUUUUAAUGAGAAAAUAUACAUUUUAGAUAAAA